AUGGAGCGCUUUAGGAGUCUACUGGGCGGUGGUGGCAUGGGCCUUGGUGGAGCUGCUCCUGGCACGGAUAACACGAACCUUAUCGACAACUCGGAAACAGUCUACAUUUCCUCCCUCGCCCUGCUCAAGAUGCUUCGACACGGCCGAGCCGGUGUGCCUAUGGAAGUCAUGGGCCUGAUGCUGGGCGAGUUUGUGGAUGACUUUACUGUCAAGGUUAUGGAUGUGUUUGCCAUGCCUCAGAGCGGUACCGGCGUCAGUGUCGAGGCCGUGGACCCCGUUUUCCAGACCAAGAUGAUGGACAUGCUGCGACAAACAGGAAGACCCGAGUCGGUUGUCGGCUGGUAUCACUCUCACCCUGGUUUCGGUUGCUGGCUUUCAUCAGUUGAUAUCAACACCCAACAGUCUUUCGAGCAACUGAACCCCCGCGCCGUCGCCGUCGUCAUUGACCCUAUCCAGUCGGUCAAGGGCAAAGUCGUCAUCGAUGCCUUCAGACUCAUCAACCCACAGCUCUUGAUGAUGGGCCAGGAGCCCCGCCAGAGCACCAGUAACUUGGGCCAUCUCAACAAGCCCUCGAUCCAGGCACUCAUUCACGGCCUCAACCGACACUACUACUCGAUCGGAAUCAACUACCGCAAGACGGCACUCGAAGAGAACAUGCUGAUGAACCUGCACAAGCACGUUUGGACGGAGGCGCUGGAGAUGGACGACUUCCGACACGAGGGCUGCAAGAACAAGGACCGACUACAGCAGCUGGUCACGUUGGCAGAUGGCUACGAGAAGCGUGUGAAGGAAGAGACAGAGUUGACCAAGGAGCAACUGAAGACGCGAUACGUUGGCAAACUUGACCCCAAGAAGCAUCUCGAGGAUGUCGGCCAGGAGCUCAUCGAAGACAACAUUGUGUCGGUGUCGAGGCAGAUGAUCGACAAAGAGGCGACAAUGCCGAAAAAGGAUGGGCCGGCGGGGAGCAAGGGACAAGCGAAUGGGGAGGAAAUGGAGGUGGAGGAAGAAUUAUAA